CGGCAAUGCAGACGUUCAAGAAAUCAUUUCAUCUUGUGGUGGCCACGUUCUCAUAGCCCAAUUAGGCGCGGAUUCUAUCAUUUAGCGGCCAUUUUCUUGCCUCACCAUAGUUAACCUCGCAAUAUUUCUCCGAACACACCCAUCCGCCAAGGAUACAUAUCGUCGUAGCAACCACGCCAUGGCCUCCAUUGUCUUCUACGAUAUCGCUCACAAGCCCCCCGUAUCGGAGUCGUGCUGUUCUCCAAACCCAUGGAAGACCCGAUUAGCGCUCAAUUUCAAGGGCGUCCAGUACUCAACAUCGUGGGUGGGUAUGCCUGACAUCUCCAAAGUGCGUCAGGGCCUUGGUCAACCCGCCUCUCGCAAGUUUGCCAACGGUUCCGACUUCUAUACUCUUCCCGUAAUUCAAGAUACUGCGACGAAUGUCACAGUCGGUGACUCAUUUGAUAUCGCCGUCUAUCUGCAGCGCACAUAUCCUGACUCGGGCGGCGGCGACUUAUUUCCUGCCCAGACUCUUGAUUACACCUUUGUGUCGAGUUACGAAAUCCCCAUACCACUGUCGAAGCGCGAUGACGGAGGUUUUCCUGAGUAUGCCCGAUUCAAUACGAACAUUGACGCGGCAUUCAGCGCCCACGUCCAGCUAAUGGUCGAAGGUAUACCGCUUGAUCCGGCUACAAUUGACCAAACCAAGGCCGAAUUCGUCCGUCGUGCCGGCGUCAGCAGUUGGGAUGACUUUAUUUUGACUAGAGAGGCGCGUGAGAAGCUCAUGGAAUCAUUUCAGAGUACGCUGGGCGAUCUGGCCAAACUGUUCCUCCAAAAUAGCGACGGCCCUUUUCUACUAGGGCAAAAGGCCAGUUACGCAGACUUUAUCGUCGGCGCCUGGCUGCGGAUGGCUCAGGUGACUUUGCCCAAGCAAGAGUGGGAAGAGGUGCGGUGUUGGCAUGGUAGUGUAUUUGGGCAGCUACACGAUGCUCUUGACGUAUACGCCGGGAUAAAAUAAAGUGCUGUGGCUCGCAACUCAGCGCGGAGCUGUGUAAGCGAGGCUUUAGGUUGGGUGGAAGUUGGGAUGCAAAGAUUAUCUACAAGUCUAGAUGAAGAGAAGGCUUAGUGAUUCACAGUCAUUAUAACUGAUAAAUAAAAUACGCGAAUUGAAACGAGUGAUUGCUGGAUUUGUAGCGGAGAAGUCCCGUCGGUCUACCUUCAGAAGGGCGAUGGAUAAGCAGCAUCAUAUGAGCAGAAAUAAUUAUGGGUAGACGACCUCGAGAGACAACAAAGAUCUAUUGGAACAUUUAUUACGCACACACGAUAUGGC